AUGAAUAUUUUCACAAUUCCUCGUCCCGGCUACAUUGAUACGGGCUACUCUUUUAAUAUGCCUUUAUAUCGGUUACUUUUAUUUUAUCGUGCUUUCCUAGCUGGCAUUGCCAAAAUCACAAAUUUUGGUCUAAUGGCAACAGAUAAAUCAAUACGCGAAACGCUCAGAACGGCCGAUAUAAAUAAAUGGCCACGAAAGAUUGGCCUGCUGCUGCGGGGCCUCGACACAGCGUUAGACAAAAACAAUAGCGUCACGCAGUGGAAGAGGCUCUGGAGAAUACCGUCAAGUGUCCUCCAUGAAUUGACGAGCCGCAAAGAGGAGCAAGCAUCCUCAAACAACGCGGAUAAUCUUCCUGAACCUCCGAAGCAGCGCAACGGCAUGGCCACCAUAGUGUUGGCCUGUGAUGGCACGUAUUACAUCUAA